AAAGGGGGCAUAUUCCAGAUCCAGUAUUAAUACAUGAUUAUGUAACUCUCUUCUGAAAGAGUUACCGGUAACUUGCGAAAUGGCAGAGGGACAAGCUUUCAUUCGAAGCACAGAAUGGAACUCAUUUUGCUUGAGAAAGAACAUUUCCUGGACCACAUACGUUCUAAUCUGUCUAUUUGGCCUGGGUUCCUGGGUAGCUGUCAAUGGUUUGUGGGUUGAAUUGCCUGUGCUUGUGGGACAUGCCCCAGAACAGUGGAGCCUUCCAUCGUAUCUCACAGUUAUCAUUCAGUUGGCGAACAUCGGCCCCGUGAUUUACGCCUUGGGGAACCGCUUCGCUCCUCACAUCGUUCACGAAAAAACGACGAUUCUUUUUAUUGUGGCGAUUGGGUGUUUAGCGUGCGCGUUGUUGGGUCUUUAUUGGGACGAGACAAGCUCUAUUGGUGGCAAACAACACAGCACAGUUCUUUUUAUCUUAUCCUUCUUGCUGGCAUUAGUUGAUUGUACAUCCUCUUUGGUAUUUCUCACGUUCAUGUCUACUUUCCCAUCAACUUAUAUGAGUGCGUUGUUUGUUGGUGAAACCUCAAGUGGUUUGCUGCCAUCAUUAGUAGCUUUGGCCCAGGGCAUUGAAAAUGGAGGUACAAACAGCAGCAAAAACACUACUGAUCACAAGACCCACUUAAUUCCCCAAUCAAGGUUUUCACCAGAGGGAUUUUUCUUCUUUUUGUUCACAAUCAUGGUUAUUUGUGGGAUAGCCUUUUUGGCGCUGAAUUAUUUACCAGUGGCCAAAAGACAACAUGUCAGACAAAAACAAAUUAAAACACGAAGAAACAGCAACAGUUCAACACAGCCACUUUUCGAUGAUACUACAAGAAGUAGAUUUCAGUCUACAUCAACAAGUGACAGUUCUCCUCAAGAUUCUUACUUGAGCCACCAAUCUGUCAACAGUGAUACAUUCUCCUGGUGUGAACGUCACAUAUUACUUCUGCUCUGUAUUCAAACUUGGAUAAACUGCCUUUCCAAUGGUGUCUUGCCAUCGAUACAAGCAUACGCCAGUAUACCCUAUGGCAACAAGACAUACCACUUAGUUGCCACACUGUCAAAUAUAGCGAGCGCAUUGACUUGUUUCAUUGCCUUAUGGUUUCCGUCAACAUCUUCCAGACUAGUUACAGUGUUGGCAAGUGUGUAUACAGUCCUCAGCACAUACAUCAUCAUCCUUGCAGCCAUGAGCCCAACACCACCCAUGCAUGGUACAAGUGUUGGGAGCUUGAUAGUGAUUUUUGUUAGUAUUGUCAGCGGCAUUCUAAUUAGUUAUACUAAGUUGACCAUCUCAACAAUCAUGCGUGACCAUGGUAAACGGGCAUUAUUUUGGUGUGGUAUUUGUAUACAGAUAGGGUCAUGUAUCGGUGCUCUUGUCAUGUUCCCUCUUGUAAAUAUUGCUAAGCUUUUUCACCAGUGAAAGAGCUGUUAGCCAGUGAAAUUCCCAAAAUUUGUGGAAUAAAUCACUACUAAAUCAAACAA